AGCCUUCUGACGGCCCCUCCUCCCCCUGGCCUCCCAGGCACACCCACCAUGUGGCCCCUGUGGCUCCUCGCAUCCCUGCUGGCCCUGAGCCAGGCCCUGCCCUUUGAGCAGAAGGGCUUCUGGGACUUCACCAUGGAUGACGGACUGCCCAUGCUGAACGAUGAGGAGGCUUCGGGUGCCGACACGACCUCAGGCGUCCCGGACCUGGACUCUCUCACGCCCACCUUCAGCGCCAUGUGUCCUUUCGGCUGCCACUGCCACCUGCGGGUCGUUCAGUGCUCUGACCUGGGUCUGAAGGCCGUGCCCAAGGAGAUCUCACCUGACACCACGCUGCUGGACCUGCAGAACAAUGACAUCUCGGAGCUCCGAAAGGAUGACUUCAAAGGCCUGCAGCAGCUCUACGCCCUCGUCCUGGUGAACAACAAGAUCUCCAAGAUCCACGAGAAGGCCUUCAGCCCCCUGCGGAAGCUGCAGAAGCUCUACAUCUCCAAGAACCACCUGGUGGAGAUCCCUCCCAACCUGCCCAGCUCUCUGGUGGAGCUCCGCAUCCAUGACAACCGCAUCCGCAAGGUGCCCAAGGGUGUGUUCAGCGGACUGCGCAGCAUGAACUGCAUCGAGAUGGGUGGGAAUCCCCUGGAGAACAGUGGCUUUGAACCUGGAGCCUUCGAUGGCCUGAAGCUCAACUACCUGCGCAUCUCUGAGGCCAAGCUCACUGGCAUCCCCAAAGACCUCCCCGAGUCCCUGAAUGAACUCCAUCUGGACCACAACAAAAUCCAGGCUAUUGAGCUGGAGGAUCUGCUUCGCUACUCCAAGCUGUACAGGCUGGGCCUGGGCCACAACCAGAUCCGCAUGAUCGAGAACGGCAGCCUGAGUUUUCUGCCCACGCUGCGGGAGCUGCACUUGGACAAUAACAAGCUGUCCAGGGUGCCCGCCGGCCUUCCUGACCUCAAGCUCCUCCAGGUGGUCUAUCUGCACACCAACAACAUCACCAAGGUAGGCGUCAACGACUUCUGCCCCAUGGGCUUCGGGGUCAAGAGGGCCUACUACAACGGCAUCAGCCUCUUCAACAACCCCGUGCCCUACUGGGAGGUGCAGCCAGCCACCUUUCGCUGCGUCACCGACCGCCUGGCCAUCCAGUUUGGCAACUACAAAAAGUAGAGGCAGCAGCAGCCACCAUGGUGGCCUGGGCAGGGUCUCUGGGGAGCACGGCGGAUGUCCUGAAGGGGCAGGCAGAGCAAGGGAGCGAAGCCAGCGCCCACUUGCACGCAACCCAGCCCCAUCCUUCUUCCCUGGCCCCCACUAGCUGCUCCCUGAUGCUUUCACCUGGGCUCCCAAGCGUGCAGGUGGGGAGCAAGGCCCGGCCCCCAUCACAAGCUGCCCCUGCCCCCCAUCGUAGCCACUCAGAGGUGCCCCGACUAAGCUUCCUUCCCAUUCACCCUGAAACCAAAU